CGUCAGUUCAGUACGCCGUGCCUGAUAACUGAUAAGUGUCGUGUUUUGUGUAACGAAAAAUCUAAAAAUAAUUUUUUAAAUUAUUAACCAACUCUCCUUUACGCUCUGCCGGUGUUGUGAACGUACGUUUGUUUGUUCUACAUUUUAUUGCAAGUUGCAGAAUUAAAAGUACUUAUUUCCUAAAAAAACAAUUCGUGUUAGGUACCUAACAGUAAAUCUUUCCGGGAGUGAUGGCAUCACGUCUAGCGAGCUUGUGGCGAGAGUCACUGCGCCGACGGCCUGUGAUCACCAAUACUCUGGUUUACGCCACAUUCUACACGGCCGCUGAACUGUCCCAACAGACAUACGACAAGAUUUAUUCACCCAAAAAAACCGAGAUGGAUUUUGCAGCAGCAGGUCGACUUGUAACAGUCGGAAGUGGCCUUUAUGCACCUACAUUAUAUUACUGGUACAGAUUUUUGGACAAUAAGUUCACGGGUACUGCAGUAAAAACUGUUCUAACGAAAGUAGCUACUGACCAAAUAUUUAUGAUGCCGAUAUUAUUAGCAGCUUUUUAUACACUACUCGGAGUGUUCGAACGCAGAGAAGACGUGUUUGAAGAACUACGUCAGAAGUACUGGAAAACCUUUGUGGCCAAUCAAAUCUUCUGGAUACCAGCACAGACUAUAAAUUUUUAUUUCAUGCCACCCCAUUUAAGAGUAGUUUAUGUAGCAUCUACUUCUUUUAUAUGGAUAAAUGUUUUUUGCUUCAUAAAGAGACAAAAACAUGAGAAAACUAGUGUUUAGGAAUAAUAGUGAGCUAAGUAUAGUACCUAUCUAUUUAUAAGCCGAAUAGUGCCUACGCCUACGUCGUGUCGUCGUGAAGAACCGACUAGGUACUCGACUAUAGAUUUGGUAGAUUUAUACGAUUGUUCAAAUCGGAGAACUAAAAUCUGGUAGUUUUUAUUUAUUUAUUUAUUUAAUUUUAUUGACCAAUAAAAUAUGGUUGAAAAACCAAUCAACUUUCAACCAGUUAACCUUCGGGAAGUGCAGACAUACUUGAUGGUGGAUUAAUAUUAAAUAUGCAAAUCACAUAAAUAAAUAGUAUUCAUUGGAUAUAUUCAAUAUAUACAUACAUUUAAUAUAAUGAACAUACAUUCCUUGUUUUGUGACAGAUGAUUAAGAUAGUAUACAACGUAUAAAUAAUUAAUAUAUACUAGCUGUGCCCGCCCCCAAUUUAUAGCCUGUAUGUUAUUCCGAUGUAUAAGCUAUAUUACUGUAGUUUAAUCAAAAUCCGUUCAGUAGUUUUUGCAUGAGUAACAAACAUUCAUCCAUACUUAAAAACCUUGCGUUUAUAAUGUUGAUAAGAUGUAGUUGUUGUUGGAUAAUAAUGUAAUGGAUGUAAGAUAGCAAAAAUAUCAUUAUUGGUUCGUUUUGGGAUCGUCCAUAAAUUACGUAACACCAAAUUUUUAUUUUCGACCCCUCCCACAGUUAUUGACCCAUUUGGUCACUUCAUAUGUGGACUCUCUAAUAUGACGUCAACAAUUUUGAAUUUUUGUUAUAUUAUGUAAAUUAA